AGCCCCAGGGGCCCCUGCCGCGGGUGCCCGCGCUCCCCUCCGCGGGCGCGCUGGGCAGUUCCCCAGCAGGGGGGGCACCAGCGAUGGCCGCCGAUAAGGACGACCCGCAGAAGCUCGUCAUCCGCAACACCUUCUGGGAGCUGAAGGAGGACGAGGCUGGCAAGUCGUCCGACGAGGGUGCGCGGAAGUUCCACACCGCUCCCCCCGGCUCAUCCGGGGCCUCCAUUAGCGCGACCGAGCCGGCGAAGAUCGACCAGCUGGUGUCCAUCUCGGAAGAGCAGCUUUCGCCGAAGGGUCACAAGGACGACGGCGACGAAUCCAUGAACUCGACCGUCAUGCUGCGCAACCUGCCGGUCAAGCUGUCGCGCGAUGACGUCCUCUCCAGAAUCGAUGCCGAGGGAUUUUUCGCGAGGUACGAUUUCUUUUACAUGCCCAUCGAUUUCGCAACCAUGGCGAACUUCGGGUAUUGCUUCAUCAACCUAGUGACGCCCGAGGUCGCCCAGGAGUUCUGGGCGCACUUCGACGGUUUUUCCAAGUGGCCGGAGGCCACCGACGGUCCGGUAGCAGUCAGCUGGAGCGCGAAGCACCAGGGGUUGGAGCAGAACGUGGAGCGCUACCGAAAUUGCCCCGUGAUGUUCGACAAGCUCGCGGACGCUUGCCGACCAGUGCUUCUUAGAAACGGCGUGAGGAUGGACUUCCCGCCGCCGACGAAGAAGCUCCGGCAGCCGCGAGUGAGGACCAAGAAGGAGCGGCCGGAGGGCAUGGACGACACCCGAGCCAGCACCGAGCCCGCCCCCAGCAGGAAGGCGCCAGCCCCGGCCAGCACAGAGCCGGCCUACGUGACCACCGACGACGUCUGAGAGCUCCUUCUCAGCUCGGAGGGGCUCGAUGUGUCCAGACCGUGACGGACGAUGUUUGCCAAUGUCCGGCCCCGGGGGGGCCUUCGCCAGGCCUCGGGACCGUCAACGUACAUUCGACGCGGAGAUCGCCACAUGCGCAUCUCAUUUUCUGGCUCGUCCCGCUGUGAGUGUCUGGCAGUGCGCGUUUCGGUGCGAGAGCGAGUCCGAGUGGACGACGGGCGGGGGGAGUGCAACACUCCCUGGCGGCCCGCAAUUGGGGUGCCCAAGAGCUACGCCUGCUGUAUCGUGGUCAGCAUUGCACCACUACAAGGGAGCAAUGUCUGCGGCGCCGAGACAAGCAAACGGCUU